UCUAUCUGUAACCAUUAGCAAUCAUCGACGCCGUUAUGGCCGAUGCUUUACUUUUACGUGCUUUGAAAGGGCAACCAAAAAGCUUGAAUUUAUCGUCCAAAAAUCUAUUAAAAGUCCCGAAGCUUAUUGGAAAACUACAGGGUUUGAAUAAUCUACAGUUAAAGAAUAAUAAAAUCCAUGAUCUUCCUGUUGAAUUUUCAGCUCUAACCAAGCUUGUUGCAUUGAAUAUUGGCAAUAAUAAUCUAGAGGAAAUACCUGAGUUGUUGGGCCAGCUACAUAGUCUUGAGACCCUUCAUUUAUUUGGCAAUAAAAUUCAAAAACUGCCAAACAAAGUUCUAGGUGGCCUAAGAAAUUUGACCUUUUUGAAUCUGAAUAACAAUGAUUUGAGGACAGUGACACCGACAAUAAACAAGUUGGUGAACCUACAGUACCUGAGUCUGGAUGGCAACAACUUGACCAGUCUUCCUUCGGAACUGUGCGCCAUCAGCUCUUUGACUGAGCUUCAUGCCGCCAACAACCAAUUGACAGCUCUUCCGCUUGAGAUCGGCUUCUUGGUGAACCUAACAAAACUUUAUUUACAAAAAAAUAAAAUCAGGGAGCUUCCUGAAGGAAUUGGCAAGCUUUAUAAUCUGCAAGUCAUUGAUGUAGCUGCUAAUGAUUUGAGGAUAUUUCCAACUGAGUUGCACAAAUUGCCAUUACAGGAGCUAUACUGUGAAGAGAACCCUCUUAUUGAUAGGCUGCCUAUCCAAUCUGUACAAGAAGAAGAAGUUUUAACAUUAAAGGAAAUUUGCGCCAGAUUUAUUAUGGCAGAAUUGAAAACAAGCUUAAAGCAUGGUUCCAGGUGUUACAGUAGUGUUAGUCAGAGCAUUAGAAGUGCACUGAAUACCCCAAAUUGGAAUACUCUUGGAGAUAGCCCAGUAGAUGACAGGUGGUCGUAUCUGAGGAUUGCUAUUCGACAUUAUCCUAGCGUGAAGGAAAUGUUGGGCCAAGCAAGCAAGUGUGCUUUCUGUAACCGCUCAUUUCUCAACACCUGGCUUGAAUGUGUCACAUUUGUGGAUGCUAAAAAGGAUCUGAAGACAAUAAAUUCUCCUGGAAGAAUCCCAAUAAGGGCUUUACUAUGCUCCUACAAAUGCUUCAAUUCACCUGGACAUCGUUACUAUGGAGUUGCAUUCCCAUGACAACAAAGCUACCUGUUGCAGUGUCUUUAAAAUUUGAUCCAAAAAGAAUAUUCUUCCAUCAUUUGGGAAAUAGAUAUACUGAACUGUUUUUUUGAACAUGUAUUUUAAUUAAUUUUUCAGUAUUGUUUACUUGAAUUUGAUGAAUUAGAAUUUUAAUACUGUAUAAAUAUUUAA